UGCUUUGCUCUCUCUCACACUCAUCAGAUCGGAGCAUUCAACUGUAUUGCUGUAGAUUUUUUGUUCCCCUCCGAGUGAAAAAAUUAAAGCGCGAAAAUUGACAAUGCGAGUAAAUCGGUAAAAUAUAAAAAGCAAGUGCUAAAUUGUUUUUAUUGCAAUCGCUUUUCGCGGUUAAUUAAAAAAAAACGAAUUAGCUGCUCAAACAGCCAACCGCAACAACAACAACGGGGUGCGUGUGUGUGAGUGGUACAGUUGGGUAGAAAAACAUCGCCAUUGUCGUCACUCUCUUUCGGGGCUGCCACUACGUUGCCACCACUGCGAUAAACGCCACUAUUGCUCUCUAUUGCGUUCAGUUGCAGCGCAGUUACCAGCUACAGUUGCACUAAAUCGGGACGAGGCAAUAAUAAAAACAAAAAGCAAAAAAAAAAAGAAAAUACUGAAAACCCAUUUACCACACGCAAGCGUUAAGAAUACAAAAAAUAAAUAAAAAAAAAAGCGGACAGACAUUAGUGCUGAACAGGGACGUAUUUAUCCCACGCAAUCGAAAAUUCUGCUCCAGCUCGCUCUCUGUGUAGUGAAAGUGCGACCGAAAGAGACUAGAGAAGAAAAAUAAGCGUUAAGCGAAAAACAAAACUUGAAAAAAUGUAAAGCCAUUCCUGGACCCCAUGAAAGAUGCCAGCUGGAAAAAAGACGGAUGCUGAGACAGGAAAGACUCGUACCUGCAUUGUAUACGUAAAGAAUCUGAGGGAAGGUUAUCAACCAUCGGUUGCCGCCACUGGAGCAGCAGGAGGAGCCGUUAAAUCGAAUAAAGCUCGAACCAUACCACAACGAACCGUCGCCAUUGCCGCCCUACCAAGCGCCGACAGCCCACGACGCGCGACGCGCACCUCUCAACGGGCUACGACCAUUUCGACAGAGAUCGUUGUUGGCAGCAAAGCGCGUCAGCGGGCUGCCGUAGAAAAGGACAAGCUGUCACCUCCAGCAGCUGUGGUUGCCGCCAGGCGGUUGCGGCAAUCCAAGGGGGACUCGGUGGUCGGCACACCCACCCCACACGGAGGCCACCACCAUCAGCGGCAUUGGCAUCCAUCGCCGCCAAAAUCAUCAACAAUACAGCCCGCCAAAAGGUUGACGGGACCGGGCCUGGCCGCCAAGCGACGCAAUUCGGCAGUACCACCGGCAGCCGCCACACCAGCGGCCAAGCAUCUCAGUCCGCUGGCUACCCCCACAAUACGCCGGACCCUAACCGGUCGCAGGGCGACACAGACGCAGGAGAUCCUCAGCCCCAAAACACCGAAAAUGUACAAACAAACAAAGGUUUCGCAGUUGGUGUCGGCCUCACCGCCACCGACGAUUGCCGCCAGCCGUUCGCGUCGCUCCAUCAAGCCGAAUCCCAAGUAUGCCAGCGAGGACCUGGUCACACCAAAGUACCUGGCCACCCUGGCCAGCGGCGACACACCCUCGUCGCGCCAGCAGCGCGGCAGCUCCAAUUCGAAGGUCUAUCCCACCACCACCACCAAAUACCACGAUAUGCAUGACCUGCUCGAUCUGGACGAGGACAACGAUGAUGAGCUGAACGAUGUGGCCUACAAUCCGCAGAUGCACAAAUCCGAUGACGAUGAUGAUGACGAUAUGAGCGAGGAUGAGUACCAGGAGGAGAUACGUCACGAGAAAUUACCGACGCCCGUGCAGCCCGUGAAGCGUGGACGUGGACGUCCACCCAAAUCGGCAAAUGCAACGGCUGCCAGCGCCGCCGCCUCCCCUGCCGCCAGUGCGGCCCAGUCCAAGCUCACGUCGAGUGCCGGACGGAACACGACCAAUCUGCAGCAAUUGCGCCGCACCAUGUCAGUGUCCAUGGCCAAUCGCAGCAGUCUGACCACGGGAUCGGAGGGGGUCGCCAAGCGUAAGCUGGAGGAUGCCACGGACAGUCCGGUGGCACGCAAGCGCAUGGUUCUGUCAGCAGGCGGAGCCAAUCGCAGUCUACCAGUGAUCAACGGCGGCGGCAGCGGCAGCAGCAGCAAGUCCACAACUGCUGCUCCUGUGGGCAGAGCCAAGACACUCGUUGGCGGCAGUACCAGCAGCAACAGUGGUGUGCGCACGGGACCCACAUCGGCGACGGCCGGGGGACUGAUCAACAAACAGCGGCCGACAGCCGCGACGACCAUUAAGUUGAAUAGCAGCAGCACAGCAGGAACGGCGGCGUCCAGAAAUACCAGCGCCAAGGUGGUGGCUGCCGCUGCGGCUGCGGCGGAGAGAGACGGCGGCGGCGGCAGCAGCAGCAGCAGCAAGAUGAUCGAGGAUGUGCCCACAUUCACGAUUGUGAAUAUCAAUGACAUUAUCAACCAGGAUGAUGUGCUCAUCAGUCGCACAAAUAAUGCCACGUCGAGCACUUUGAAUGCCGCCAGCAAAAAAUUGUCGGUGGGUCGUCCCAGGACGCGGAACAUACUCGUCGGCGAUAGAGCUACCACGGGUUCGGGAUCAGCAGCAAUGCCCACCUCCGCAACGAGUCCCACAAGUAACAAUAACUCACCGCAGGGCGGCUUCAGUCCGCCCAAACGGGUCAAGGCAUCGGCCACGUACAACAGGAAGCAGCAGCAAUCGCAAACGCAGCAGUCCGUCAGCCAGAAUCAGAAUCAGAACCAGAACCAGGCCAAGCCGCGUCCCCGUAUACUCAAUGCGGAGAUGGGCAAAAAGGCAAAGCCCAUCAAGCCGCUACUGAGUAUGGGCAAGGAGCUGUAUCCCACUGACGUGGACACUGAGGAAGAUGAUGAUGCCGAUAUCGAUCUAGAUCUCGAUGAGAGUGAGGGUGACCUAUCCCUAUCACCGUCACCGCCAGUUGCAGCACGCCGUGUGGUGCCAGCAGCUGCUGCUGCUGCUGUUGCUACAGCAACUGCUGCACCCAAUCGAGGAGGCCAGGCGGCCGCGGCAACAGCCACAGCGAAAUAUACGGCACGUCGUCCCAUACUCUCAUCGAAUGCCACCACAAAUAGUAGUCGAAACUAUGCCACGGGAGAUCGCAAGUUGUCCAAACUGCUGGGUGAGGGCAAUGAGGAGAGCUUCAAGAAGCCGCCCAUCAAUGCGAAUGCUUCAGCGCAGCAGCAGCAGCAGCGUUACAGCAAAGAGAACAAGGCUACCGCUGCCGCUGCCGUCAAAGAUCAGGACACCGAUGCCGAUGAGGCCGAUGACCAUGACGAGGAUGAAGACGAGGUGGAGAAUGAGAAUGAGAACGAGAACAAGGUGAAGAAGAAGCCAAAAUACUUUCCGCCAGAGACAACCACAGUGCGGGAGGAGGACGGCCGCGUUAUCAAGAAAAUCACCUGCUACGAGACAUGGCAUGUGAUCAGCAAGCCCCGUGAGGUGCCCGAAAAGACGCGUCACCAGCGUACGCUGCUGGAGCUGCCGCUGGUCAAGCUGGCAAAUGUGGCGGCACGCAUCAAGAUGCCGUCGGUGAAGUGGAGCAGCAAGGUGACGCUAUAUAAGGUGUCGCCGACGCUUAUGCAGCGCCAGACAAUGACCAUAUUCACGGGCGAUCUGAAGGUGUACAAUAUACCCGAAGAGGAUCGCCACAAGUAUCAGCCAUCGUGUGUGCUCUUCCGUCGCUUGGUGGUCGAUCGUAGCAAGUGCCGGGUGCCAUACGAUCGGGCCAUUAUAUUCAAGAAUCGAUGCUUCUAUGCGAACAUCGAUGGCAAGCAUGUCAAUCUGAUGGGCGCCCCCGAGACGGUGGCCUGCAUGAAGGAUGUCGAAAUAUUGCUGGACAUUGUGGACACGCUCGAUCUGAACAGCCAAUUGGUGGAGAUGGUCAACUCAAAGUAGGACCAAGGGCAGCGACCAGAGCGAGCGCGGCGAACCAGCAGAGCAUACAGAUGGAGAGAUGGAAUCAAAUGUACUAUAAAAACGGAAGGCAGAAGGAAAGUGGAGAUCGUCCCAGAGAAGGCAAGAAGCGCUGGAACAUAUAUCCCCCGGUAUAAAAGAAUGUAGAAUUAUGAUGUUUUUUUUUUUUGUAUGUCGAGAUCGGAUUACAUUAGUUUUUAAUAGUUGCUUUAGCAUAAUUAUUAGCUGGUUGGUGUUUUUGCCACACACACAAACACUCUCCCCCCACACACACACACAUUACACAUACUUUUAUCAGAUAUUUAGAUAUAUAAGUAUAUAUACAAACCAAGCAUAUUUCUAGAUUUAAAAGAAGAAAAAUCAGAAGACGAUGCAGAAACACACACAGAAGACGUGAUGAAGAAUCGUUCCGGGUGUGUUCAGGGUACUUGCAACAAGUGUGGGGAAGGAAACGAAUGAGGAGAAGACGAACGAACGAGAACGAUGGCGCGAUAACGAUAGCGAUUAUAAUUUUAGCAAUCCCUGGUUCCGGACAAUGCAUGAUUACAUACUGAAAUAUGUAUCAUUUUAAUAUUAAAUAAUAAUUACUUGCUAUAUAAGAUAUGUAAACACCUCCACCCCGCCCCCGCCCACGCCCCUCCACACCCACAGCCACACAUACACAUAUAUUUUUUCUCUAAGAGUUGUUUGAGAGCCCGACACAUUUUUUGGCCCCUCAUCCACCAUAGAGUGUGAAUCCUUUUGACUUAGAAUAUUAUGUAAAAUGUAUUUUUGGCGAUAAUUUAAAUAACAAAAAGAAGAAGAAUUAUUUCAAUUGUUUUUUUUUUAAUCAAUUUUAAUUAAGACAAAAUAAAAUUCUAUAAAUCAUUCUUUUGAAUGGAAUUUAGUUGUGUAAAUCGUAUGUAACCCGUAUAUAUUAGCAUCUGUCUACAUCUACACUGGAAUAGAAAGAAGAGUGUAAUUUAA